CUCCCCAAAUGCAAUCACACCACUUCCCUUUUUGCUUAUUCUUUCAAGAAAUCUUUUGGGUGUUUGCCCAUUUUGCUCUCUAACAGGAUUCAUAAUCCAAAUUUGAACCUUUUUUGUCUUCUGCAUAGCGAAGUGUCAGAUCAACGAUGGGAUCUGGCGACUGGUUGAAGAAUAUAAUCAGCUUAAAUAAAGCGAGGAAACAAAAAUCGAGCAGUAUGAAGGAGUCUGCAUUACCGGAAAUAAACAGGUUUGUUUUGAAGUCCCGAUCUCUAGAGAAACCAACAAAUAUUGCUAAUGCGUAUCGUAGGGCUGUUGGUCGGCUUGCUGAAGAUACAGCAGCAAUACAGAUUCAAACUGCAUUCAGGGCGUUUAAGGCAAGAAAACUUUUCUUCAAUUUGAAACGAUUAGCAAGAUUGCAGAUGCUAAUGGAAGGCGAUUUUGGCAAAAAGCAAACGUCAAAUACGUUAAGAAAUCUUCAAUCAUGGAGCAAGAUACAAGCCCAGAUAAGAACUCGCAGGCUUUCUAUGGUGGAAGACUGCGGGAUCAAGCAGAAGAAGCUUGAGAAUCAAUUAAGGCUUGACGCUAAGGCCCAUGAUCUAGAGGUGGAGUGGAGUGGUGGCUCUCAUACGAUGGUCGAGACUCUUGCACGGAUGAAACAACGAGAAGAAGCGACAGUAAAGCGUGAGCGAGCAAUGGCAUAUGCAUUCUCUCACCAGUGGAGGGCGAAUUCGAAUACCAAUUUACUUCCAAAUGAUUCCGAAGUUGCUACGUCAAAUUGGGGUUGGAGUUGGAUGGAGAGAUGGAUUGCUGCUCGGCCAUGGGAAAGCCGAGCUCUCGUUGUGUCAACGCCAAAGAAAGUCAACAACAGUCCAUCGAGCAAGAAAUCGCCAUCAAUCAAAAAAUCAAACUCGCUGAAAACUUCUCCUAACAGUAAGAAAACACCAAGAAACCGAAGGCUAUCAUAUGGGUCGACCGCUAAAGUCGAAGAUGUGAAAUCGAAGCUCGAAAAGCAGGCAACAAAGUAGCUCGAAUUGGUAAAGAUUAGGGAAAAAAAAUGGUUGAAAUUUUUACAUUCUUAUGGCGUGGAGUGGUUUGACAGAGCAGUGUUGUUGCCAAGAAAUGAAAAAUAAGAACACACUCUGGAUUUUACGAAUAUUUUGUUAUGAAUAAUUAAGUUAUUUGUAAUUUAAAUAUUUUGUUAUGAAUAAUUAAGUUAUUUGUAAUUUAUGUUGUAAAUCAAUGUAAAAAUCUAUUUUGGAUUGAA